UCCCGUUCGCGUGUCCGCGCGUUUGAUCUCUCUUCCCUUCCCCAUCAAACCACCAACACGCAAACCGCAAUCGUAAUCCCCAAACGUCCGAUUCCAGAACAACCCUUCCCACGUGUCGCUAUCCGUUGCACAUCACAAGCAUCGACAAGCAAUGUCUCCGCGUCUUUUCACCCCGCACGGCCUGCGUCUGGCGCGCGCUUUUUCGACGACUCCCCGUAACCAGCUUGCCAAGAUGACCUUGAUCGGACGUCUGGCCGCAGACCCUGAGCUCACAGCGACCUCGAGCGGUCAGGAAAUGGUGCGCUAUGCAAUUGGCACAAGCUAUGGACCCAAGGAUAAUCGCCAGACCAGCUGGUUCCGCAUUGCUAGCUUUGAUGAUGGACCUCGACGGGAUUACCUGUUGAGCUUACAGAAGGGCACUCUUCUCUAUCUCGAAGGCGACGCUACGAUGCGGACUUACGAGGACAGUGAAGGAAAGUCGCGCUCUAGCCUUAACAUUGUUCAGCGCAGCAUCGAAGUCCUCAAGCGUCCUAAUUCUUCCGAUUCCUCCAACAACCAGUAAUUGCACUCAAGAAUUGUGUUCUAUUGCUGUGCCCAACAUUCAGCUUGUGGACCUGUCUUCGAUCGGAAUGAGAACCAUCCAUUAAUGAUACCUGAUCAUUUAAUCCCUUCUUUUCGGCUUUCCCAAAGGACACCACAUGUCCAUCUAUUAACAAUGUAUUAUUAUACGUCCAACUUCAAUUGAGCUUUAUAACUUUCCAAAUCUAUUUCCCCCUCGUUUCGGCUUCCGGCUAUUUUUACUCACUCUCCACUUUUCGGUAUCGAAACUCACAGAUUCAAUUACUGUAUAACUAAU